AUGGUCUUGGUGAUCGUCGCUACUCUUGCGGGCACUAAGUUGUACCUGCGCUGGACCAAAGGCAUUUACAAUGGCAUUAAUCGGAUGGAUGGCAAGACAGUCAUAGUUACAGGAGGCAAUGCAGGGAUCGGCAAAGAGACUGCCAAGGAACUCGCGCGGCGAGGCGCCCGCGUCAUCCUGGCGUGCCGCAGCCCGGCCAAAGGUCAGCGGGCAGCCGAGGACAUCCUAGUGGAGACCGGCUGCUCCGUCGUCGUGCGCCAGCUCGACCUGUGCUCGCUCAAGUCGGUGCGCCAGUUUGCCGAUGACAUCGUUCGCAAUGAGCAGCGGCUCGACGUACUCAUCAACAAUGCCGGAAUUUUCCCAGACAGGAUCCAGCUUACCGAAGACGGCUAUGAAGAAUGCUUCCAAGCCAACUACUUGGGCCACUUCCUCCUGACACUACUACUUACAGACCUGCUCAAGAAAAGCGCCCCGAGCCGCGUGGUGAACCUGACGUCAUCCCUGCACCACCUGGGGCACACGCAGCGGCUAGAGGAACGUGCUAGGGGCACGCACCCCUGGGUGACGCCCACGCUCGCCUACAGCGACUCCAAGAUGGCCAUGGUCUGCUUCACGAGAAACCUGGCGCACAAGCUCAAGAUACACGGCGUGACGGUGAACGUGGUACAUCCGGGCAUUGUGAAUACCACCAUUGCUGACAGGGACUCGAUGAUGUCGCUCUUUCUUCGCUUCCUCUACCAGACCGUUGGAAAAACGCCCUGGGAGGGAGCCCAGACCAUCUUGUACGCGGCUGUGGAUGACCGGUUCUUGGAAAGCACUGGCAAGUACCUAGCCGACUGCAAGGACGACUGGGUCAACUGGAGGGCCCUGGACAAGCGCGAGGCCUCCCGUGCUUUCGAGACGUCCGUCAGGCUCGUCGGCAUGGAGCUCGACCAAGUUCAGAAGCUAUUCUGA